GGACUGGGCUGGGAGUAGACUCUAGGCUGCAGAGCUGGUAAGCGCGGCCCUCGAAGGAGGAAGCCUUUGCCCCGCCGCCCGCGAGGCAGCAGGGGGGCCACCGCAGAGGCGCCGGUCCCCGGAGGCCCCGCCGGCCACGCGCUGAGAUGUGGAAUCCCCUGCACGAAACCGACUCGACCUUUGUCGCCUGGCGCCGCCCGCGCUGGCUGUGCGCUGGGGCCCUGGUGCUGGCCGCCUGCCUCUUCGUCCUCGGCUUCCUCUUCGGAUGGUUUAUAAAAUCCUCCAGUGAAGCUACUAACAUUCCACAGCAUAAUGUGAAGAAAGCAUUUUUGGAUGAGUUGAAAGCAGAGAACAUCAAGACGUUCUUGUAUAAUUUUACACGGAUACCACAUUUAGCUGGAACAGAACAAAACUUUCAGCUUGCAAAGCAAAUUCAGUCUCAGUGGAAAGAAUUUGGCCUGGAUUCUGUUGAGUUAGCCCAUUAUGAUGUCCUGUUGUCCUAUCCAAAUAAGACUCAUCCCAACUACAUCUCAAUAAUUGAUGAAGAUGGAAAUGAGAUUUUCAACACAUCAUUAUAUGAACCACCUCCUCCAGGAUAUGAAAAUGUUUCAGACGUUGUUCCACCUUUUAGUGCCUUUUCUCCACAAGGAAUGCCAGAGGGUGACUUAGUCUAUGUUAACUACGCACGAACUGAAGACUUCUUUAAACUAGAGCGAGACAUGAAAAUUAAUUGCUCUGGGAAGAUUCUGAUUGCCAGAUAUGGGAAAAUUUUCAGAGGAAAUAAGGUUAAAAAUGCCCAGCUGGCUGGGGCCAAAGGGAUCAUUUUGUACUCGGAUCCUGCUGAUUACUUUGCUCCCGGGGUGGAGUCCUAUCCAGCUGGUUGGAAUCUUCCUGGAGGUGGUGUUCAGCGUGGAAAUAUCUUAAAUCUUAAUGGUGCAGGGGACCCUCUCACACCUGGCUACCCAGCAAAUGAAUAUGCUUAUAGACGUGAAAUCGCAGAGGCUGUCGGUCUUCCAAAUAUUCCUGUUCAUCCAAUUGGAUACUAUGAUGCACAGAAGCUCCUAGAAAAAAUGGCUGGAUCAGCACCACCAGAUUACAGCUGGAAAGGAAGUCUCCAAGUGCCCUACAAUGUGGGACCUGGAUUUACUGGAAACUUCUCUACUCAAAAAGUCAAGAUGCACAUCCAUUCCAACAAUAAAGUGAAAAGAAUUUACAAUGUGAUUGGAACUCUCAGAGGGGCAGUGGAGCCAGACAGAUAUGUCAUUCUUGGAGGUCACCGUGACUCUUGGGUAUUUGGUGGCAUUGACCCUCAGAGUGGAGCAGCUGUUGUUCAUGAAAUUGUCAGGAGUUUUGGAAAGCUGAAAAAAGAAGGAUGGAGGCCUAGAAGAACAAUUUUGUUUGCAAGCUGGGAUGCAGAAGAAUUUGGUCUUCUUGGUUCCACUGAGUGGGCAGAGGAGAAUUCCAGACUUCUUCAAGCGCGUGGUGUGGCCUAUAUUAAUGCUGAUUCUUCUAUAGAAGGAAACUACACUCUGAGAGUUGAUUGUACCCCACUUAUGUACAGCUUGGUAUACAACCUAACAAAGGAGCUCCAAAGUCCUGAUGAAGGUUUUGAAGGCAAAUCCCUUUUUGAGAGCUGGAAUGAAAAAAGCCCUUCACCUGAAUUCAGUGGCUUGCCCAGGAUUAGCAAAUUAGGAUCUGGUAAUGAUUUUGAAGUGUUCUUCCAAAGACUUGGAAUUGCUUCAGGCAGAGCACGAUACACUAAAGAUUGGGCAACAAACAAAUUCAGCAGCUAUCCACUGUAUCACAGUGUCUAUGAAACUUAUGAAUUAGUGGAAAAGUUUUAUGAUCCAGCUUUUAAGUAUCACCUUGCUGUGGCCCAGGUUCGAGGAGGAAUCGUCUUCGAACUAGCCAAUUCCAUAGUGCUCCCUUUUGACUGUCGAGAUUAUGCUGUCGUUUUAAGAAAGUAUGCUGAUAAAAUCUACAAUAUUUCAAUGAAACAUCCACAAGAAAUGAAAACAUACAGUGUGUCAUUUGAAUCACUAUUUUCUGCAGUGAAGAAUUUUACAGAAAUUGCUUCUAACUUCAGUGAGAGACUCCAAGACUUGGACAAAAACAACCCAAUAUUAUUAAGAAUUAUGAAUGAUCAACUUAUGUUUUUGGAACGAGCAUUUAUUGAUCCUUUAGGAUUACCAGACAGGCCUUUCUAUAGACAUGUCAUCUAUGCUCCAAGCAGCCACAACAAGUAUAUGGGGGAGUCAUUCCCAGGGAUCUUCGAUGCUCUGUUUGAUAUUGAAAGCAAGGUGGAUCCUUCCAAGGCCUGGGAAGAAGUGAAGAGACACAUUUCUAUUGCAGCCUUCACUGUGCAGGCUGCAGCAGGGACUCUGAGAGAAGUAGCCUAAGAAGUUUCUUUGGGGAACACAUUGAAUUAGUAUGAUGUAUCACUCAGAAAGAAUCAUGUUGGAUGUACUGAUAAACUGAAAAAUAAAGUUGUGUACAUAUAUAUACAUAUAUAGAUACAGAUAGAUACAUAUAUCCACCUUGGCAUUCUUUUUUCUUCUCCAUAUAGGUCGAAUAAGAAAGAUGGAUGAUUUUUAUUCUGUAAUUAUAGACAGUCAUUCUGAAGUUGGACUAAGUGUUGAAAUUAAGAAGAGAGUAAAAUUUUAAUACACUUAUGUGGCAUUAUCAGAGAAUCAUGUCUAAUUCAGCACUUACAAAACUACUCCUGUCACUGCACAUGUAGAAAACAUCAGUUUGUUAUUUGUUGUGUAUUUUUAGAAUUUUUAUAAAUAAAAUUGUACCAUGUAUAUUUUUCUAGGACUUGAUUUUUUCACUCACCUUUGACAUUUCAUCCAUGUAUUAUUGUGGCUGUAGGUCAUUAGAUUCCACUGGCACAGAGCAUUCCCUUGCAUGGAUAUAACACUUAUGCAUUAGCAUUCAGUCAAGACAGAGAAACCACACAGAAACAUAAAAAAAGAAAGUUAACGUAAAGAAUGAUUAAUUACAAUAGCAUUGGAGCAAUGAAAUAUUGUCUAGUAAAAGGUAAAAAGAAGUUUAAAGAAUAUAAGAAUUACAGGGACUUUCCUGGUGGUCCAGUGGCUAAGACUCCACACUCCUAAUGCAGGGGGCCCGGGUUCGACCCCUGGUCAGGGAACUAGAUCCCACGUGCCGCAACUAAGAGCCCGCAUGUCGCAAGGAAGGUCCUGUGUGCCUCAACUAAGACCCGGCACAGCCAAAUAAAUAAAUAAAUAUUUUUUAAAAAAAACAGAAUAUAAGAGUUACAGAUAUAUGGAGCAAUCACUGUCCCUUGGAUUGAGGACUGCAGGAACAUGUAGAUGUUUCCUUAAAAAUAAAUUAGGCCACUGUGUAAAUCCAAUCAAAAUGAUUUGAGCUUGCGUUUACACCUAAGAUAACCUAAUCUUCUUUAACGUACAAUAUCCUAAGAAAAGUCUAGUCUUUGGAAAUUCUACAAAAGGCCUAAAGAAUACAAUUCACAGUAUCCAGAAAAUAAAGAUCUUCACUGGUGGACAUUAAGAUGCCAAGUACAGCCGCCGAUUAGUCCUCUCUUACAAAGCAAACAGCCUGGCUGAUUUUGACAACUUUUCCUCUAAAAUUAUCAUCAUGAGACCGUUUAUAAUGCUCAUCUAUUGCUAUGGAAUUUGGAGAUAGUGGGUUCCAAUCCACCCUCUCUUCCUAAGACUGCUUGAAAUUGUUCUGUCAGCUGAGGAUUUGAAAACAAUGUGUCUCCCAUGUAAUAGGUGGUUUGUCUAAUUCCGUAAUGCCUAAUAGGGUAGCCACAUGUAGAUAUCAAGCUCUUGA